UGCGCAGUUUGCAGUGAGAAAGAUGGCAGACGAAGCUCAAAAUAUACAUCGAAACGACUCCGAUUUUGCGCUGUGUGGUGGUUCAGUGGUAGACAAGUUUGUUCGUCCAACAUUAGCCGAGUUUUUAGGGACCACAUUUUUGGUAUUCCUCUUGUGUUUUUGUGCUCCAAUUUUCUUACAGAUGGGCGAAAUUUACACCAAUGGAACAUCGGGACUUGUGUAUGGAUUUGCUUAUGUGUUCUUGAUUUAUGCACUCGGUGAUAUCAGCGGCGGGUAUUUUAACCCAGCCAUAACUUUCGCUCUGACUUUGAAUGGGGCGCUGCCAGUGCUUGUUGCGGUAUGCUUUUUCAUUGCUCAGAUUUUGGGCGGUCUCUUAGGAGCGGCCUUGGCCCUUGCUGCUCUUCCAAAGAAUAAAUAUAUACAAUUCAUCGGUGGAGCAACGAUGCUUAUAAAUGAUACUAAACCUGGCUGGGCAGUUCUGGUGGAAAGCAUUCUUACGUUUAUAUUAGCUUCGACAGUUUUACUGACAACGCUGGAUAAAAAGAAGAAAAAACUGUCAGCUCUAGCUAUUGGAUUCUCGGUCAUCGCAUGUGCUUUGUCUGGGGCGCAAUAUACUGGUGGAUCUAUGAAUCCGGCAAGAAGUUUAGGACCGGCUGUAUCCUACUCUAGAUACCUGUAUUUCAAUGUGUGGGAACAUCACUAUGUCUACUGGGUGGGGCCCACUGCGGGGGCAUUGGUCUCAGCUAUUGUUUACAGAUUUCUCUUUGCAAAGAGAAGAACACCAGAGUAUAUGAACUUCACAAAUUCUGAGGGACACUCCACUCCCAGGAAUAGCAUCCCCCUGCAAUAAAGUUAUAAUACAAAGAGUCAGCCAUUAUCGCAAAACAUGCUUAUGUGUACAGAUCCCCGUAUACCUUAAAAGAUUUUUCUAUAUCAUGGGUUAUUGCUAGAAAGACCAAAAUGAUAUAAGAUGAAAGAAAAGAAAAUUAUGGUUCUUGCCUGACUUUUUUCAAUUUUUUUAACGUUGAAUUUUAAUCAAAAGAAAACAUAAAAUCACUACGUAUAUAUAUACAUUCUAGGUCAUGAUAUGAAGUUAUCAG